AAAACUUUUGUCUCAAAGUAAAUGCUUGUUCUAAUACUAUGUAAUUUUAAUGGUAGAUUGUUAGGUCAUUUCAAGUCACUUAUAGGGAACAAAUCACAGGCAGAAGGAUGUAUAGCUGAAGGUCAAAAAAUUGAAGAAGCUCUAACUCUUUAUUCUCGUUAUUUUGAGGAUAUCGAAUCGAGGGUAAAUAGGCCUAAACGAGUAAAUGAUGAAACAAAUCAUGAUGAGGUUCCUGAAAGGUCAUCUAUGUUCCCUCGACAAGGUAAAGUUGUCGGAGGCUUCAUAACAUUUGCUUUGACUCAUUUGGAGAAAACUCAAGCUCAUCGAUAUGUAUUACUUAAUUGCGCUUCAGCAAAGCCAUUUAUUGAUGAAUUUAGGCAACACAUUAAAAGGAGUUCAAGAGGCAGAAAACCUUCGAUAACAGAGGUAGAAAAGAGAAUUAAUAGAGAGUUUACUGAUUGGUUUCCUAAGCGGAUAAUGAAUCCAGAUAUAGAAGACACAAUCUCUGAUGAUAUAAAGUUUUUAGCACAAGGUCCAGCGCCAUAUGCAAGAAGAUUCACUGCUUAUAACAUUAAUGGGUUCAAAUUUCGAACUUUGUCAAGAGAACAAGGAUUGAAAACUCAAAAUAGUGGAGUUUUUCUUAUGUCUAACACUUCUUGCGUUGCAUCUAGUGCUGAUAGAAAUGCAAGACAAGCAGAUUUGCCAUAUUAUGGGAAGUUGGAAGAUAUUAUUGAGCUUAACUAUUAUGGAAAGUUCAGGGUUGUGCUUUUCAAAUGCAAGUGGGCUGACACUACUCGAGAUAGAGGGUUUAAAAGAGAUGUUUGGAACUUUAAUUGUGUCAAUUUUUCUAAAUUGAUUCACACCGGUGAUCGUGAGGAUGAUGAUCCUUAUAUUGAAGCAUCACAAGCAAAUAUGGUUUUCUAUGUUGAUGAUGAAACAGAUAAAGAAUGGAGUGUAGCUAUACAUUUACAACCAAGAGAUGUGUUUGACAUGGGACAAGUUGAUGAAGAAGAGAUAUUUGAGAAUGAGCCCUACCAACAACAAGAAUUUGAAAAUUUUUUCGAUGUUGAUUAUGGAAAUGUCCAAAUCUCAACAGAGGAGCAUAUGUCGAACACACAUAGCAUGCUUUUUAGUUUUGGUGUAAAGGAAAAACUAUUUGUAUAUGCUAAUCACAUCACUCUUUUAUUAAGAUUUGAACUUUUCAUGUGUGUGUGGAUCUGGAUACAAAUUUCUUAUGAAAAUCUGCAGUCUUAUAACUGGAUGAACCAGUAAUCUUUACAAGUAUUGCAAUAACAGUAUUUUUUUUAAGAAUUUCUUAUUUAUCUUAUCUUUGGUUUAUUGUAGAAAUGGCAAAGACCAAGCGCUUGCAGAACUUGCAAAACUCAGUUCAAACACAACCUACAUUGUCAGUUCAGCCCAACGCACAACCAACCACAUCACAAUCGAUUUCAUCAGUUCAGGCGAAAAAACAGAUGACUUCCUCAGUUCAGGCUACAUCACAGCCGGUUCAGUCAACUCAGGCUGCAUCACAGUCUAUUUCCUCAAAUCAGGCUGUAUCACAUUCGACUUCAUCAAGUCAGGCCGAAUCACAACCGAAAUCAUUUAAGAAGCGUGUUGUUGGACGUGAGUCUACGGAGUAUUGGACCGUAGAAGCAAUAGAUUCAGAAGGAAACAAAAAGAAACUCAAAGUGAAAGUCAAAGAAGUGCUAAAUUUAUCUGGAGAAGAUCGUAUUGUGGUCAAUUUUGACUACCUGGAUUGUCCAUUUGGAGAAGCACAACCCCUUCUUUCUGGUUUUUGUGGAAUUUUAGCUGCUGAUUCGUCCUUAUUUCCAAUGCACUUUGACAAAUGGCCAAAUAUGCCUAUGUCAUACUUCGAUAGCGUCUUUGAUCAAAUCAUAGUGCCUCGAUUUUUUUUUGAGACAACCAACUUAGCUGCUCGACGAUAUGUUUAUAACUGUAUUUCAAAGAAGUGGAGUGCAAAUAGGUUGGACAUAUGGAAAGUGUUCAGUGAUCCACUUAAAAGCAAAACUCAGAUUAUGGAUAAUGUUCCACCUGGAAUUCCAAGAGAUCAGUGGACUUCUUAUGUUAAUUAUCGUUAUAAAAAAGAAACACAGGAAAUGUGCAACAGAAAUGCUGAAAGUCGAAAGAAACAAAUCAUUCCACACACAGGUGGAUCCAAAGCUAACUCUAGAAGAAGGGCUGAAAUGAUGGCUGAGACCGGUCAAAUGCCUGGGCGAGCAGAACUUUAUCUUGCUACUCAUAAGAAUGUAGAUGGAGCAUAUGUAAAUGAAGCGGCAAAAGUUAUCUGUGAAAAAAUUCAGCAAACUCUGAGUCAAAGCACUGUGGAUGAGUCUAUAAUAUCGCCAGAUGAUGCAGUUGGAAAAAUUCUAGGAAAAGAGCACUCUGGAAGGGUAAGGUGUUUGGGAUUAGGAGUUGUUCCCACUAGAGUUUUUAAACAAGCAAGACCUCGAUUCAGCGGUAUGAAUGCUUCGAGUGUUUCAUGUCCAUCCAAUUGCCAGGAGAACUACAAUAAAUUGUUGAAUUCUCACAUUCAAAUGAUGGCUGCUUUCAAGUCAUAUAUGAUAAUGAAAGAAGGGGCAUUACCAGAACAAUUUGUGGGGUUAUUUGCUCCUACUACUACAAUGCCAGGUGAUGUUAGUGAUAGUAAUCGUAGUGAACCCCGCUGAAGUUUCAUGAACAAUUGUAGAUCCUUUCUUGAGUUUGGAUGCUAGUGAUCUAAAGUUUAAGC